UCUGUGGGAGGAAGCCGAAUGCACUGUUUUCAGUUGUAACGGAGUCAGCGCGUGCAGACGGAGCUCCAUGUUUCUACAAAAACGGAUGGUUUACCUAUCUACAGCAUGCAUGUGCUGCUACAUUCUGGGAACCAGCAUCCUGCUCAGCGUCCUAAAAGUUCUCUAUCCAAAACUCGCCAGGAGGCUAAUUCUGAAAAUGGGCGAAAGUCUCCAAAUGACCCAGAAUGACAAGUUUAAAUACGAGGACUGGGGUCUGACGUUAACGUCAUUCGCGUUUAUGAAGUCCGUUUUUCAGAGCAUGUGGCUGUCGCUCGGACAGGAGGCCUUCGUUGGGGGAGAAGCUCCAGACUCACCUGUGGUCACCAUGGACGGAGAAGAGACGAGCAUCUGCAGCUUCCUCGCAGGAAACCGGCCGCUGGUGUUGAGCUUUGGAAGCUGCACCUGACCCCCGUUUGUUUCCAAACUUGACGAGUUCAAGCAGCUCGUCCGGGAGUUCAGUGACGUGGCCGACUUCCUGGUGGUUUACAUCGCCGAGGCUCAUCCUGCAGAUGGUUGGGCCUUUUCCAACAACAUCGACAUCAAUCAGCACCGGAGCCUGGAACACCGGCUGGAGGCAGCUCAGAUCCUGGUUCAGAAUGAACCCCUGUGUCCCGUGGUGGUGGAUGUAAUGAGCAAUGUUGCUGCUGAAAAGUACGGCGCCCAGCCUGAGAGGCUUUAUGUGCUGCAGGCUAGAAAAGUCCUCUAUAAGGGUUUGAUGGGGCCUUGGGGCUACAGUCCACAGGAAGUGCGCUCAGUGCUGCAGAAGAUCAACUAAGAAGGUUUUUCAAAAUGAUCCUGAGGGGAGAUUUUCUUUUGUAACUAACAUUUAUUACUGGUAUAACUUUACCUUCUUUAUUGGACUAUUAAAUCAGAAUACUGCUGUCUCUACAUGCAUUUUUAUAAUACAACCACUGUAUUAAUCCCCUGAAAUAUGCACUAAUGUUGCCCUCUGGCUCUUAGAAAACAACCAUGAGCUUAAACUCAACUGCCUGUGCUUCGUAAUGAAGGUUACAGAUUAAACCUUUGGCUUCUGUAACCAGAUGAAUUGAAACACGGGAAUUUGAAGCUUAAAUAGUUGUGCUUCUUCUUUUUGCUGUCUGUUUCAUUUUGGUUUUAAAUGUUGUCAAAUAAAAAUGUAUUCUAUAUCUA